UUCUUCACUUCUCCCUUUCUCUUUUCUUCUCCUCUCUUCUCUUCUCUCUGCCAAAAUUUAUUGGUUUGCUCAAGAAAGCUAAUCAAGAAAAUCUGUUCUUGUUCUUGUAAAGGAAUAAAUAAUCAAAGAUCAAGAAAGACAAAAAUGUUGCUAGGGAAAAGACCACGUCCUCCAAUGAAAAGAACUACAAGUUUAUCAGAGAUCACUUUUGAUCUUGACACUGAUAAUACCGACUCAUCAGAAGCGGCUGCCGGAUUUCUCGGCGGUGGUUGGCAGCUGCAGCUUGAUCAACGGUUCAUGGCUGCUUCAUCCAUUUCACCAAGAAACAAUAGAAGAGCUUCUGCUGAUUUCAUGGAAACUCCUGAUUUCUUGAGGUCUUGCUUUCUUUGCCGGCGCCGUUUGGUUACUGGUCGUGAUAUUUACAUGUACAGAGGCGAUAGUGCGUUUUGCAGUCUAGAGUGCAGGCAACAGCAAAUGAAUCAAGAUGAGAGAAAAGAAAAAAAAUGUUCGUUAGCAUCCAAGAAGGACGUUACAUCUUCCGCCGGUGCCGGAGCUGAUGUCUCCGUCAAGGGAGAGACGGUUGCCGCGGUAUAGCGUCUUGAUCAGUAUUUCCCGGCUAAAUUAAAACCUCACCCAGCUGCAGCUAGCAAACCCGUUUUAAUUACAUGUAUAAUUAAGUUUAUAUAUAAAAAAAUUUAGUAUCCUAUUUAUAUAAUAUGGGUUUGAGAUGCAAGUUAAUUAGCUAGCUAUCUUUUUUGUAUGCAACAGAAAAGAAACAAAAAAGCAAUGGCCAAGAGUUUUGAAUAGCUGUUAUUUUA